UUGUUUGGCGACAUCUCUGUUAUAACGAGUAAUAACGACGUCGUAUCCAAUCCCAACCCACACCGGAACCCAAGUUGUGCAAUGCCAUUGCGAGCUCGCACCGCAACUCCAAGUCUCUUGUGGUCUCUGCACACUGUUUUCAACCCUUCUCCCAUUCACCUCAACUUUCAUUCUCUGUCUCUGGCUAAACCCCAGUUUUCUGGCAAUUGCGAUGAUUUUUUGCCAUGGCUGGAGCGGAAAGCUGGUUCUAGGAUUUCCUCCUCACUUUUCAUCGGAGAAUCUUCAUAUGGAAGGUCUCUGUUUGCUUCUAAGAUAAUUCGAUCAGGAGAGUGCAUUUUAAAGGUUCCUUACAGAGUGCAAAUAACUGCGGAUAAUCUUCUUCCUGAAAUCAAAUCUUUGCUUGCUGAGGAUGUUGGAAAUAUUUCGAAACUUGCCAUUCUUAUUCUGAUUGAGAAGAAAUUGGGUCAGGGCUCUGAAUGGUAUCCUUAUAUCAGCUGUCUUCCACAGCAAGGGGGGCUGCAUAAUACGGUAUUUUGGAAUGAAAGUGAGUUGGAGAUGAUUCGUCCAAGUUCAGUUUAUCUGGAAACUAUCGUCCAAAAAUCUCAAAUUGAAAAGGACUUUUUGGCAAUCAAGUCUGUUUUUGAAUGUUUCCAUCAAAGUUUUGGAGAUUUUACUUACAAGGACUUCGUGCAUGCAUGCACACUAGUUGGUUCUCGAGCAUGGGGAAACACAAAAGGUUUAGCUCUGAUUCCAUUUGCAGAUUUCUUAAACCAUGAUGGAGUUUCAGAAGCAAUUGUAAUGAGCGAUGAUGACAAACAAUGCUCAGAAAUUAUCGCUGAUCGUGAUUAUGCCCCUGGGGAACAGGUACUAAUAAGAUAUGGAAAGUUUUCAAAUGCUACAUUAAUGCUGGACUUUGGUUUUACGAUUCCAUACAACAUUUAUGAUCAGGUUCAGAUCCAGUUUGAUAUACCUAAGCAUGAUCCUUUGCAUGACAUGAAGUUGGAACUCUUGCAUCGAUACUUUGUACCUCCACCUGAAGAUAUAAAGGGCUUGACAUAUCCCGUGAAUUCCUUCAGUAUCAAGGAGGUGAGGUCAGAUAGAGGAAAAGGGAAGGGUCUUCCGCAAUCACUUCGUGCGCAUGCUCGUGUUCUUUCUUGUACCACAUCUCAGGAACUUGAUGAUUUGGUCGUGGAAGCUUCACAAACUGAUGGUAGGCUGGCUAGGCGCCCUUUACAGGAUAUCAUUAAAGAGAAACAAGCACACAUGAUGUUGUUAUCAUUAUUCAUCCAAUCAAUUGAGGAGCGCAGUGCGACUAUUAUGUCAUUGGAUUCUUCCAAUUCUCCCUCCUCGUGUGAAAGACAUUCUGUUAGAAGACUAAUGGCUCGAGAUCUUCUACAUGGUGAGCUUCGUAUUCUCAAAUCUGCUUUUGCCUGGCUGGAGAACUAUUGUUUUUCCUAGACUUGAUGGAGCCACAUGACUAUCAACGAGGUUAUGCAUCCAGCAGUAGGCUGGGAUUAACACACACGAAAUAUCAGAAUAUUUGACAAUAAUUUUGCAUGCAAAAUUUUAGAAAAAUCAAAUAUUUCAUGUGUAUGGUAUCUUAUAUAGGACCUUUAAUAUUUUAAAAAGCAUAUAUCUGUUACAAUGAAGUUAAUCGAUGAAUUAUUAACUGAUUCUUAAAUUAUAUGAAUUGUUAUUGA